UUCCUGGGCAAUUGUUGCGGUUGGAUUGCUGGUUCUGGUUUUUAUUGCUCUGUUGGCUCGUGUUCUUGUCAAAAGAAAACCACCAAAAGACCCACUGUUUUAUGUUUAUGCUGUAUUUGCCUUUACCAGUGUAGUGAAUCUAAUAAUUGGACUGGAACAGGAUGGAAUUAUUGAUGGAUUCAUGACUCAUUACUUGAGAGAGGGUGAACCGUAUCUGAACACUGCAUAUGGCCAUGUGAUCUGCUAUUGGGAUGGCUCCGUUCAUUAUCUGAUGUAUCUGUUGAUGGUGGCAGCUAUUGCAUGGGAACAAAGCUAUAGAACCAUUGGCCUCUACUGGCUCGGUUCCAUUAUCAUGAGCAUCAUUGUCUUUAUGCCUGGAAACAUUGUGGGCAAAUACGGAACAAAAGUGUGUCCUGCUUUUUUCUUAAGUGUACCGUAUAUUUGCCUUCCCAUAUGGGCUGGGUUCAGAAUUUAUAACCAACCUUCGGUGACUUAUGACACUCCAGUCAAGGUGGUUCAGGAAGUCCAGAAGAAAGGACUCUUAAGACGACCAAUAGAUUUAAUGUUAGCUGCAUACCUCAUUCUAGCAACGGGGUUUUGCAUAUUUAGGGGCAUGAUGCUGGCAUACAUGUUCUACUCUGUGCCAUACUAUGUGAUUGCUCUGUAUGGCCUACUGGUGCCUGGUUGUUCCUGGAUGCCCGAUUUAACCCUUAUACAUGCUGGAGGACUAGCUCAGGCUCAAUUUUCCCAUAUUGGUGCUUCUCUUCAUGCUCGAACUCCUUACAUCUACAGAGUCCCUGAAGAAGCAAAACAGUUUUUUCUGAUAUUGAACAUAAUGUAUGGGAUUCUUCCCCAGCUGUUGGCUUACAGGUGUGUCAACAAGCCAGAGUUUUUUAUGAAAACAAAACAAGAAGAAAAAACGGAAUAGCACAACUGUUUUCAGCUCCUUUUUUUGGCUCUGUAUAUAAUUGGGUUGGGAUGUAAUUGAACUGCUCAAAUGGAACCCAAA